GUCAACCAACACGAAUUGUUUGUACUCGCUCGGAGGAUGUGGAUGCUAGAGAGGCAGUACGGACAGCCUCUGCAACAGAAGCGAUGCAUAUCCGCAACCUUGACCAUCGGGUUAGAAACCUCGACCAGGAAAUCAGGAAUACGCGGGCUCUCAGACGACGAUCCACUGGAAGAAGGAGUCUGAACCUGGCUGCAGAAGAAGCCAGAUUAAGUGACCAGAGAGAGGCAGCUGAGCUGGAGCUAAAGCAGUUCCUCAUCUCAAGACGGAACCAGAGAGUGACGAGCUCUUUGAAGCGCACCUAUGGUGACCAAAUCCGCGUCUUUUGCGUGAGCAACACGCUCUACUCUGACCACCGCACGCAGGAACCAGAUCGAGCAAAUGCAUACAUCCAGCUUAGUGGAAUCAGAGAUCUUCGUCACUACUGUCAGUCUGUUCCUGCCGACGCGCAGCUUCGGGCAACGGAGGGGUUUCUUGAGACUCAAGUUCCCGCACUUUUGGGUUCUGUAUCUCUCUGGACCGCAGCGGGAUCUGAUACAGUCACUCACACCCGAGCCGAAGUCCUUCGUGGUGUACUGAGCGAUGCCGAACAGGUUCUUCAACAGAGAAUUACCUCUCGUGGAUCAGACAUCCGCCACUUGCAAAGUAGCCUGGAACGGCAGUUUAGAGAAUCAAUUACACAGGCAAUCCGCAACUCCCGGAAUGACUGGCGGGAUGGGGCAGUCGCGGCGAGCAGGGACUGGGCAACCAAUGCUAUUCCUAAUGGGACAUCUUGGACAAAGUGGCACCAUUCGACAUACGCCGCUUGGUGUCGCAACAACGGCACAUAUCAGACCCCAAAGCAGGCAUACCGGUGCUGGAAUGAAGAAGUCCUUGGUCGGGGAAGGACUCAGCUCUCAGCCGCAUGGGAUACCAUCCUCGAUAUUCUGGAAGGAGAAAAAGACGAGAUUGACGAAGAAGUAUCCAGAUUGUUCCGAGGAAUCUGCGACUCUAUUGACGAACACCUUGAUAUUUCACCGGAGACUUUGCGACAUCUGCUCCGAAAUCUAGCAGCGCGACAGAGAUGUAUUGCCCGUGCUAUUCAGAAUGCACUAGAAGACCUGUGCUACGCAACAGAAAAGUGCAAACUCGACGCCACAGGCGGCCAUGACAGUUCCUACAUUGCAGGCGUCAUGCGUCCUGUUUAUAUAUCCUGCAGAGAGCAAUACGGUACUGGUAGCGAUUCCCGCCGCAAGCAAACCAUGAACCGACAUCUUACAUCCUCACCUUUAUUUACAAACUUUUCCAGAAGUAUAGCCGCUGAUUAUGAUGAGCUGAUGGAGACAACAUUCAACCAGCUUCAUCAGAAACUGUGCGACGAAGUGGAUAAUGUAUGUCGUGAUUUGCAGGCUGCGGUUACCCUCGAAGGAGACGUAUCCGAAGCUGGUGAGGACCCUGAACAUACACGAGAAGUGCAGCGACAGGUGGAACUCGCUCAGGUGGCACUGGAUCACGCUCAAAGGGUUUUAAGGGAGGUUGAGCGCCAGGUGGUGGAAUCUAACUGA